GACAGAUAAGCCCCUCGAUGCUUGGCUAGAGUAUACACCACGCCUGAGUUUCUGUUCUACAGAACACGGCUGUCUGUCGGGACUUUUGUCUUCAUGGAUUUCUCCCACAGGAUCUGGCUGAAACAUCAAGGUUGCAUCGUUCAGAAGGGUACGGUGAACUGACAGAAAGAAAAACAACUUUUUUUUUUCAAACAGACUCAUCCGGUCCAGUCAUGGUCUUCAUAGAUGUGAAAUCCAUCACCCAGCCGGUGGGGAUCAUCCGGAUCUUGACGGUCAUCGUCACCUGCAUGUGUUUCAGCCUGGUGGCCUCGGCGAAGCCUGAUGGUUCUCCAUACUGGGUGUGGUGCAUGUUCACCUGGUGCUUCUGCUGCUUCUUCACUCUUCUCAUUGUCAUUCUGGAGUUCACCACAGUCAACGCCAAACUACCUUUCGACUGGAACGACUUCACAGCUGCCUUCGCCAUGUUGGCAGGCCUGAUGUGCCUGUCGGCCUCCAUCAUCUACCCCAUCUUUUUCACCUGUGCUACCUGCCACCGGCAGGCAGGAGCUUCUGUCGUGUCCUGGCUGUGCAUUGCAGGGUAUGUGARUGAGGUGGUCCUGACAUACCUUCGUCCAAGUGGACAAAAUCCAGGUUUCCUCUCCACGUUGCCCGGCAUCAUGAAGUUGCUGGAGAGCUUCGUCGCCUGUCUCAUCUUCAUWUCCCUGGAAACAGGACAGUACUCAGGCCACCCAGAGCUGCAGUGGUGCGUCGCUGUGUACKCCUUGUGUUUCAUCUUUGCCAUCAUCAUAAUCCUGCUCAGCCUUGGAAAUCUGACCUCCUACAUCCCAGUCUCCUUUGACAUUAUAGCAAUCAUCUACAACGUUCUGGCAGCAGUGAUGUAUUUGACUGUCAUGGUUAUUUGGCCGCUGUACAGUUUCCGUAACAAUGAGAGGCCGUCUACCUGCGGUAAGAUCUGUUCCUGGGAUAAACUGGUGCUGAUCACAUUCAUGACAAUUUUCAAUUUUAUUGUUUACACACUGGACACCAUCUACUCUAUACGUCUGGUUUUCUGUAUCAGCAGCCAAGUGAGAGAAUAACAUUUAUUUUAUGUUUUUUGUUUUUUUCUGAGCUCACAAACUUCAAAAGACUUUGUUUUUGUAGUUUAAUAGACAGAAAAAAGGUGACUUCAUCGUGGAAGUCUUAUUCAACUGCAGCUAURAAGAAAGACUGUUUGUUAAACUGAAGUGUAAUGUCUCGAUAAUAAAACUGACAAAUUGCUGUGUGGAACGUGGGAUCCUGGAGACAAUCAAACAAUAACAGAAUCAUGAUGCAGCACAUGAAAAGCUGUUCCUCUUUUUGCUUGGUUGUGCUGUUGCUCACUGAUAUUUACUGGUUAAAAGUUUUACACUAACUUCAAAAAAGAUUGUUCCAGAAUUCUACACAAAAAYGUGUGGAAGGUAGCAGAUCUGACAAGAAAAAUACAUCUGGUCCUGCAAAGAAAACACCCCCUUUUUUCCUUUUCUUUGUUUCCAGUUGUUAAAAGUUAAAUAAAAUACAACUGCUAAUUUUGUCAGGAAG